GCUCUGAGUCGCGCCUCAUCUUCAGUAUUUAAGUGCGCUAUUUCAGUUUGCCUGGGGUAGUUCCCUAGUGGCAGAAACUAAAGACAGAAGCGUGUCUCGUAGACUUUGUAUUGCAUUAUUCCUUCAAGGACAUCUGGAAAAGUAAAGUGCUUCCAUUCAACUCCAACAUGGCGAACUCAGGAGUGCAGCUGCUCGGGUUUUCCCUGUCUCUGGUGGGCAUCAUGGGGCUCAUCAUUGGCACAGUACUGCCGCAAUGGAAAAUGUCAGCCCAUGUGGGAGACAGUAUCAUCACUGCUGUGGCUACUUACCAGGGCCUGUGGAUGUCCUGCGCUUUCCAGAGCACCGGUCAACUCCAGUGCAAAAUCUACGACUCCGUCCUGCAGCUAGACAGUUCUCUCCAGGCAACUCGUGCUCUAAUGAUAGUUGGCAUCAUCGUGUCGAUUGCUGGACUGGGAGUUGCCUGUGUAGGUAUGAAGUGCACCACAUGUGGAGAAGACAAUAAAGAGCGUAAAGCUCGCACUGCUAUGACGGGUGGCAUCAUACUGCUCAUCGGGGCUCUGAGCGCAAUCGUUGCAUGCUCUUGGUUUGCUCACAACGUGAUCCGUGCUUUCUACAACCCCUUCACUCCAGUCAACACCAAGUUUGAGUUCGGCUCAGCCAUUUUCAUUGCAUGGGCUGGAUCUUUUCUCGAUGUUCUCGGCGGAGCUUUAUUGGCGGCUUCUUGCCCUCAAAGCAAACAGGUGUCCAAGUACCCUAAAAACUCUGCUCGCACCACAAGCAGCAGCACCAAGGAGUACGUGUGAACGCUUUCAGAAGAUCAGACAAGAACUGUAUAUGAUAAACAAACCCUGUGAAAGCAAACAGGACUGAGCCUGAUGGAUUGAACUGAAGUAGGUGGAAAACAUGGAUAAUCCAUAGAGUAAGAAUGGCAGAAGGUGCUGAUUAUAACUUACCGACUUCAGCAUUCUAAUAUCCUACACUUAUUGCAAAAACAAAGGUUUACACUUUAUAAUGGUGUAAAGGAACAGUUUUACUAGCUCUUUGAGUUCUUGCUUCUUGCACACUCUCUGGAUUCCAUCACUCUCCUUUUGAAAGAUUAGCGUUGAGCCUGUUUCACACUGGAUGCGUAAGCAAAGAAGUAGCAGCUCAUAUUCUUAAGCGUACAUGUUAACAGGAUAGAGCAUUCACGCUGCACAGCAAGGCGGCUCGGCAACACGAAGCAGAGCUGAAUCAGCAGUGUGGUGUGAUCAUUUAGGUGCUGAGUAUGCUUUUGACACCGCAUUUGUGGUCAAAAUAAACGAGUCGACAUGGGCAAUGAGUCAUUUUACCGUAAAAGCAUAUAAGUUAUAUCUACAGUGUCAUACACAUGACUUUAUAUAAUCAAAAAUGCACUAUUUCCUGGUAGGUUUUUUAAAACUACAAGUCUAGCUUAAGUUGAAGAUUUAUUUUAUUAUAUAAUUGUCAAAUAUCAUAUAAUUGUAUCAUAUAAACAUAUAAAAUAUAGCUUAUAUGGUAUGUGUGGGAGGAGGAACACUUUCACAUCCACUUUCCAUCAUCCUUUUUCUAGAACAGAUAAAGCAUCACAUAUUAUCAGAAGUGUUAUGGCCUUUCUACUGUCUAGUACUUUACAGAAAACAGAGAAUAAUAAUAGGUGGAUAAAACAAAGUAAAGGUAUAUAAACUACUCCAACAAGCCUCUAUGUGAAUGUAUGUGAAAGCACAAUGGGUGUGAGUUCCUUCUGCUCUGCUUACGCAUGUAGUGUGAAACCAGUGUAAGACGAUGUGCUACCAUCAUGCUCACUAGAGGGCAUUGUAUGUCCGCGUAUUGUUGUGUAAAGUACACAACUGCCCAGAAAUGUGAAUAACCAGAACCUUUUCACUGUCUUUCAGGAGAAAUGGCGUAUUCUCACUGGACAACCUAGAAAUGUAAUUUAACCCUAUAGUUAAAUUAAAGUAAGAGUAAAAGUAAAACAUUUGUUUAAAACAAAGAGUUUGCUAAAAGCAUGACCAACAAAGUACAUAUCUCAAUCCUCCCCAAAACAGCAUUUAAAAGUUACACAAGUGUUGUUUUACUGUUUAUUUUGGGCUGACUUGGAGUUGUAUUUGUCAGUCUUACAGAUGUAUUAAUAGAAAAAUGAUUGUAUUUAGUGGUGGUUUUUCUGGCGCUCCAGAGUAUCAGCCUCGAUGGCUGUUGUUGUUACAGUAUUAAUUUCUUAACCUCUUGGAAGUACAAGAUUAACAGACUCGACUUCUGUCUCAGCUCAACCUUUAUUUUAAUAUAUAAUGAAUUUACAUAUAAACCUUGAUAAAAACAGACUACAAGAAUCGUGAUGAGUAUAUAGACACACACAGAGUGAGACAAAACACAGAGCUUGACAUAUAUAACAUGACUAAUAAAUGACGGGCAAAAUAGUACAUAUACAUACAAGAAUAGUGAUACAAGAGCUAGUGGUGACCUGCUUAUUUAUAACUGUAUUUGGCCUCCAUCCAGAAGAGUUUCAUUGGUUCGUAAUUCCAGGUCUGGGAAACCCGUACUAUGCACAAUUUUGUAAUUCCUCUUCUCGUAGCACACCUAAUGCUGCUCAUAAAGGGCUUGACUCAGAUGUGUUGAGCACAGACAUGACAAAAACACAGCAGUCAUGACUGCAAUAAGACAAAAAAUACACUGAUUUAGAUGAGAUCUAGUGGCUGAAGCUCUGUUAGAUCACAACAAGGGACCAGGUGAAGUGAAUAAAUCAAGCACUUGGAGCUAGCACCUGUUCCUGCACUGUUCUGUUGAAUGUUAAUACAAUGCUGUUUUGAUAUGUAAAUAUGAUACAUGUGCUUUUUUUUUUUGCCUCGUUAUUGGUUUUCUAAUGAAAAGAUUUUACAGAACUAAAAGUGUUUAUUUUACAGUUUCACAACCUUUGCCUACUCGAAAUGGACAAAAAUAACUAAAUACACCCUAAUAUGAGUGAGUGUUAGAGGGCUAGAAACAUAUUCAGUGAGUCAGUGUGUUUCUGCACGUCUUCCACCAACUGAUGUACUUUUACAGUAAUUGUAUAAAGUGAUCUGUAUAAUCAAGUGUUCUUCUGUUGCAGAAAAGUACAGCCUCAGCAAGUGAGGUUACGACUCUCUGUGCUCAGUGAUUUUUGUCUCUUCUCUUUUUUUUUUGUCUGUUUGUUUGUUUGUUUGUUUUGCUACGAUUAUGAAUGCAAAAUAAAAUGUCCCAAUACGAAAUAAAUACAAAAUAAAGUUUGUAUUGUUUAUAACAAUGCUGUAAUGAUUACUGAUAUGUAUUAGUAUGGGUCUUUGUCAAGUCAAUCAUUAUAUUUGAUUCAAUUUUA